UAGAUCAAAAAAUGAAAAGUGUCAAAAAUUUUAGUGUUAUUUAAAAGUAUUCAUUACAAAAUACAAGAACCUACAAUAGUAAUGUUUUUAUCUAAUAUGUGACCUGACCAAAUCCUCAUGUCAGGAGAUACAGAACGCGGCAAAAAACUCUUCAUGCAACGAUGUGCCAUGUGUCACACUACAGAAGCCGGGGGCAAGCACAAGGCAGGCCCAAAUCUGCAUGGAUUCAUCGGAAAAGUCGGAGGACAGAUUAGUGGAUUUAAGUUUUCGAAAGUUAACAAAGAAAUAGGAGUGUGGACCGAAGAAAAACUCGAUCACUUGAUAGAAAAUCCUAAAAAGUUGAUGCCGGGAUCCAAAAUGAUGUUUAAAGGUUUGCCAGAUGCCAAGGAUAGGAAAGAUCUUAUCGCUUAUAUUAAAAGUGUUACCUAAAAAGAAAACUUUAAGGGGAAUAUGGUAGGAAGUUUAGUCAAGGUGGUUUAUUUAGCGUAUGGUAUAAUAUGUAUGACGAACAUGUCUUGUGCGUGUUAUCCAUGCACUUCCAACAACUUCAUUAUGUUCAUUCUUUGGAGUAUGCUACAAUUUUAAAAUUUACAUAUAAUAGUAAAAAAUUUUUUAGCAAGUUUUACGAAUCUUCGAUAUUUGUACUUUAA